CGGUCUUUUCUUACCCGUUUCACGCGUAUAGUUGUUAUCGGAAACAUAUUGCUGUUCGAAUUUUAAAUAGUGAACAAUAGAUAUUAAAGUUUUUUUUUUUUAUUUUCAAACUAGGAAAGUUUCUAAAUAUAAAGUUGUUCUGAUUAAAAAUAUAGUUUUUGUCUAUUUAUUUAUAGGUACCGUCAUUAUGAUUGUUUUAAUGCUGAGUGGUCUGUUGAUAGCGGGUGGCGGUGGGGCACAGCUGGAAGAAAUGGAGAAUUGCGACGCAGCAGACUUGAACGUAUGUGUAGAAUUGAUCCCGCGAACUCCUGUCGGCCUGCCCAGGAACAAAAAUGAGUUGGACGCACACUGCCAGGCAUAUCAAACCGGCAUGGUAUGCAUGGACGCGUGGAUCAAACGGUGCCUGCCCACUGAUGGGCAGAAGUUACUACAGCAACAGAUUGGUGGAGCUCGCGCACUCAUGCGGUUUUUGUGCACAAACGAUACGGCUUUACGGAGAGAAUUCUUGAAGGAGCCUACGUGUUGGGGCAGGGUGUCUCCCGACUGGAGCCGCUGUGUCGAUGAAUUGCAGAUCGCAGUCCGAGAAAAUACGGAACGAGCUCAACAGCUCACGUAUUUCAACAGAAAUGCUGAGUUGUGUUGUUCACGGGAUGACUUCAUUCAGUGUGUGACGCAUGCAGGACGGUCAUGUUCGAUACAGGCAAGCACGCUACUCCGGCGCAUGGCUUGGGUACUGGCACACGACAUAGCAGCCUGCAACCAGCAGCCCCGGGCAUACUGCGCAGCGCCACCCCUCCCCUACACAGCCCCCAUUCUCACAGCCAUCUACGGAUUACUAUUUUAUCCCCCACGUUUGUAAAAUCACCAUUUAAUUAGUUUAUAAGAUUAUGUACUCAGUUGAACAAGUUAAAUUGUUGAUUUAUAUAAAUGACAAGGAUGAUUUAAAUAUGUUUUUAUUCUGAGUCUCUCUGUUAACAAAAAAAUGUACAUAAAUUUAAUUAUGAAAUGAAAAUUAUAGAAGUAGCUCUCGCCAUGUAAAUAAUAGUCAAUCAUCAUCAUCCAAAUAUUACAGCUAUAAUACUCAUUUCAUGCAGAUUAAAAAUCAUACAUUUUUUUAUUCAAUAAUUCAGUUCAAUACUCGAAGUCUAGACUAAACUUAUGUUCGCUCAUUCAUAGAAAUAAAUCCAGCUUGUUAAAUACAAAACUCAUGAAAAACGUGCCUGUCGAAACGGUAUGAUUGAAUUCUAAUAUAUUUUCUUCACAAAUAUUUGAAACUCAAAUAUAUGCCAAGAUCAAAGAGUUUAACAAACUCUUUGUGCAAGGAGUUGAGUAAUCCUUUGGUAACUUUGUCCUUAAGUUAUAAGUCUAUACUGCAAGUGUAAACAUAAAUGUAUAAACACCAAAAUUGUACAUAUUCACCCUCUCAUUAAAACCUUAACUUGUAUCAGAUAACAAAUAAUUUAGCUUUAUAAACUUUACGGAAAAGUUACCUGUGGAAAAAUUAUUUGAUGUAAAGUCGUCCCAAUAUCCGGCAACACAAUAUAUGUAUUGCAAGCUAAUGGGUGCCUACAUAAUUAUGUAAAAUGAGCCUGUAUGAGACAUAGCAGUGAAAUAGACAUUUUUAUAAAAUAGUUGAGUUUAUAAAAUCAACUAAAAUUAUGGUCUAAGUUCAAGUGAAACAAAUUGUAUUUUGCCAAAGUGUGUGUAGAUAUUUUAAAAUACUAUAGUCGUGCUAUUAGUUUAGAAAUAUGUAAAAUAGUUUAUAUGUAUGUACUUUAUUAUAUUGAUGUAAAUAGUGAGAUAAUUUAAUUAUUGGUUUAAGUAAAAUAAGUAUGAAUUUUGUACACAUAAUUGUAUACCCCUUUUGUUGUUUACAUAAAAUUACAACAUUUAAAA